GAAGCGCAGCAGAUUUGGAUCGUCAGCUGAAUCACUUUUGUUUGAGCUCUCGCCCCUGAAGGACUACAGCAAACCUGGACUAUUUACAAGAGAUAAAGAAGCUGUUUGCGGUGCUUAUUGCUUUUAAACAAAGCCACUGAAUCCACACGAGACGGAAUUGUUAAACACGACCAACCCGCCUUUUUUUGUAUUUGGCAGUUCAAACGGUGCAGAGUUUGUUCGGAUAAAGGUUCAGCCAUGCCGGUAGUAAGGGGGAAGAAACCCGCAGUGACUGCUGGGACAAAGAUACCCAAACUGAAUGCAACAACGAGUGAAAACCAGGAGGAGGGCCCCCAGGUGAAGAGGGCCUCAUCCCCUCCCCAUGGAGCCCCAAAGAAGAGGACUGCUUUCAUUGACAUUACAAAUGCUCAUAAGGUCACGCUCAGCCUCCCAGGGAGGAAGAAGAAGAAUGCGGGGAAGAAGCAGGUGAAGAAAACAAGCGCUACCUCCGUGUCGUCGAAGAAUCAUGCCAACCUGGAAUCAUCGUUGCCCGAGAGCUCCGAGGGGACGUUGGUGGUGAAGGAAGAGCAGACUUAUGAAGAGAAGGAGCAGCAGGAGGAUGCAGCAGCUCCAGUAGAAGAGCUGGAGGCUGCUGCUACUGCGCCCCCCACUGCCCAGGAGGUGCCGGCACACCUCCAGAAACAACAAAUCCCAGAGGAGUUUGACAUCGACUCGGAGAACUCUGAAGACUGUUACAUGUCUCCCGAGUACGCCAAGGACAUCUUCGACUACCUCAAACAGAGAGAGGAGAAGUUUGUCAUCUGUGACUACAUGCCCAGUCAGCCCAGCCUCAACACAGAGAUGAGGGCCAUCCUGAUCGACUGGCUGGUGGAAGUACAGGAGAACUUUGAGCUGUACCAUGAGACCCUGUACCUGGCUGUGAAGAUGACGGACCACUACCUGUCCAAGACCCCCGUCCACAGGGAGCUGCUGCAGCUGGUCGGCUCCACCACCAUGCUCAUCGCCUCCAAGUUUGAGGAGCGCAGUCCCCCCUGCGUCGACGACUUCCUCUACAUCUGCGACGACGCCUACAAGAGGGAGGAGCUCAUCUCCAUGGAGGCCAACAUCCUGCAGGCGCUGUCCUUCGACAUCAGCAUCCCCAUUCCAUACCGCUUCCUCAGACGCUAUGCCAAGUGUGUGAACGCGGGGAUGGACACGCUGACCCUGGCGCGGUUCUUCUGUGAGAUGAGUCUGAUGGAGAUGGAGCUGGUGGCGGAGAGAGGCUCGCUGCUCGCCUCCGCCUGCCUGCUGCUGGCGCUCAUCACCAAAGACCUGGGAGGAUGGUGUCCCAUCCUGCAGUUCCACUCCGGGUACAAGACGUCAGAUUUGUCGCCCGUCGUCAGGAAACUGUACGAGAUGCUGUUAGCGCCUCCGGACGACAAACUGAAGGCCAUCAGGAACAAAUACUCACACAAGGUGUUUUUCGAGGUUGCAUCCCUUCCUUUGGUCAGCGCCGACAUCCUGGAGGAAGGUUUAUCUCAAUGAGACGCCGCCCACCUCAAAAAUAAAAUCUUGCCAGUGAGUGAAAGUAUUUAAAAAAGGUUCCCUCCAACCCUGUACAUAGUUGUUAAUAUGUGUAAUAUUUAUACGUGUCGUCUUCACUUGUCUUUUUUUAUAUUUUAUAUAAAUUCCGGUUUCUGAUGGACAUAGUCCUCAUGUGUGCGACGUUACGGUUGUUAAUAAUGGCAUUUAAGCGCUGCAAUCCUGUAGUUUUGGCAUUCAUUUUAUAGGUUUUUAUAAGCAACAAAAACAGCCAUUUUUGUGAGUAAUUUUAAAAGUCCGUUUUAAGAUGAUGCUGAGUUUGAGAAACUGCGUGUUUUUUAUAAGUUGUUAGAGUUGGCAGUUGUGUGUAUUUCCAGGCAUUGUACAGUGUGUAUCAUGUUUGUCCCUGUGCUAAUUAUUUGUAUAAAAGACGACCGGAUGAUGCUGUGCUAUUCUUUAAAUGGCUGUCAAUUCGCACUCUUAAAAUAAAGACAUGAUUUUGUUAUGUGUUUGAUAUAA